AUGAACCAACAAGGUUUGUUUCAGGUGGACAUGGACUCAUUUCAGAAGCUUAUUGAUGGAUUGGACGUUCAAUCGCGCGAUGAACUGACAGGAAGACUUCAGGAGGGGACUCAACAACGAUAUCUUGAUGUAUGCGAGAAGUUUGAACUUUGGCAACAGGAAGAUUUUGUACAUCUUUCAAAAAUUUUGCCGCCAAACUUCUUUGUUGAUAUUAUCUCCUCUUACAAGUCAAGGUCGAAACUCAUGCCACCAACUGGAGACGCACUUCACGUUCACACAGAGCUCAGAACGAAAUCAAUCGGUGAGAAGCGAAAGAAGAUCAACAAGACAUGCAAUCUCAAUAUCUUCCCACCCGAAGUCAGGGAGCAAAUCUUCCGUCUCAUUCUCAAGGAUUACUUUGCAGAUUACCCUGAACGUUCAGUGCUGAUCUAUCAAAACUGGAUCAUGGGACCCUGUGAAAAGAUCAAUAUAUCAGGAAAUGCAGGAUUGCUUCGUAUAGAUCUUCCUACCUUUGAAAUCGCUUUGAUCCCGGAUCAGAAGCUCUAUCGAGAGUUCUUUGCUUUGAGGAUUAUGCAAUGUACAAUUGAACUUCGUCCUAGCCUUACAUGGAGCCAUGUCUAUAGUUUCCCUCCCGAAGUUCAAGUUUCCGAUCCACCUGAGGAGAUCACGGAGUGGGUGACCGAUAGCUCGAAGAGCAGUUUUGAGUAUAUGGCGUGGGUUUACCUGCAAGAAAAAGAGCUUGGCCUUCAUCCCAACAUUGGCAAUAGUUAUCAUAAUCUGCCUCUACGUGGUUGGGUUUUCCAUUAUCCUUCUCUCUCUAAAUUAUCUCCAAUAAUGUUGGAUAAUAUUCACGGUAUUCACAUCAUCUUAAGCACCGAUUACCUUCACACACAGUACUUUGGUGCUGAGCGAUGGAAAAAACGCUCUGCUCCUACAUUCGACGUUCUCAGCUGCGAUCUGAAUUAUGCUGCGAACCUAGCCUCCCUCUCUUACGUUCUAGGCCAUAAAAGUCGGGGCUCCAGAAUCCCACUCGAUCAAGCCGACAUCCUCCUUUCUACCACGGUCCUUCCAAUUAUCCUCCGCUCCCUCGAGCACUCUCUCGCUGUCGAGCCCAUGAAGAACACCCUAAAUACCAACCCUCAUUCUUUGAUCCCUGCCCCUCUAGCCCAGCUCACAACGUUCAGUAUCAAAACUUUCCAAACAAAAUUUCCCCUCGGAUGUUGUAGAGCCAUGUACGUCCAAGAAGACCCUGAUAUCCUGUGUGAAGGCGCGGAAGUUAUAAAUAGAUUACUGGCAAUUUCUCUAGAACCAUCAAGGAUUGACAGGGUACCUGAAAUGGGCGGGCGAGAAUUUGAUCGGGGAUGGGGAGUUACUUGUUACCAGUUGGUCUGGGCCGCGGGAGUCGGUAAAAAUUUGUUGAUCUGUGAGAAGAUAGAGAGUGAGCAAUUAAAUGGUUGA